AUGGUCUGGAUCAUGUCUUACCAAUACCCUCCGCCUCUACCCUCGAGUGGCCCCGAAGUGGAUAUGUCUCAUUCCGGGUACGCGCCUAACUACAGCGCGCCAGCUGCCGGUCCUCCGCUCAUGGUCCCGCGGUCCCAUGAACAAUCCCAGAAAGAUCGAAACGAAUCCUUCUCUCAGGCAAGUAUGAUAUUGAAACAUUCCAUUUCCACGCCUAAUAUUAGAUCGUGGCAGGCCAACAUGUCCGACCCGAACCAGGCCGGCCUAGCUGGUGAAAAGAAGAGGAAUAAGCUGGGUUAUCAUCGAACCUCAGUAGCUUGUGGGCACUGCCGUCGACGGAAAAUUCGCUGCAUCCCUUCUCCAGGAGACAUCCAGGGCCGGUGUAUAAACUGCAUCAGGUUGAAGAAAGAAUGUAGCUUUUACCCCGUAGAUCAGCCACCGCCGCCACAGCCGACAGAGGCGCGUCCAAAGGCGACUUCCCGAGCAUCAACUGGACCCAAGGUUGCUUCGGCGUCUUCUUCCCCCGCCAUGGCUUCUGGGCAGUCACCGGAGAUUUCACAAUACCAGCAGUAUCAACACGUGGCGAUGCCUUCCGCCCAGAACAUGGCGCCGCCCACUAUGCGGUCAUCGAACAUUGAAACAAUGCCUCCAGGCGCCUCGUCGGCUUCUCGUUCCUAUGACUUUCCGCACCAAACAGUGGUGAAUUGGAUGCCAUCGGAUGUCAGCUCUGGCGGUGCAGCGAAACCGCCCGGUUUGAAUGAGACCUGGAGAACAUAUCCUCAGGAGUCGCCAAUCACACCAUCUUUCUCGCCGUACACUCCUCAGGGGCCUUCCUCAGCUGGAUGGGGAACAGCUAUCAACGCAGACCCAAGCGCCCGGGAAGAGAUGGGAUGGGCCUCUUUCGUACCACAGGGUGCCAUGGCGUAUCCUAGUGAAGCUCAGUUGCCUUCCCACUACACUGCAGUACCACAUGGCCGCGUCUUUGGUAGGAAAUCGUCUGCGAUGUCUAUGGAUAUGUACCCUACUCAGAUAACCACCUCGGUUUCUGGCAUUGAUCCACAAGGUGCAUCACUCUCGGCGGGCGCAGUCCCACCUUCGGGCUACGGCUCAUGGGACCAGCCGUACACUUAUACCAAAACAAAUGAAGGCUACGACAAUUGGGAAUAUGAAGAGAGCCGCGAAUGA